AAUUCACAGCAAAUCACGUCGAAUAGGCGUCAAGUUAUGGAAAGCUGCGCGUGCGUCGACCAAGCAAGCAGUGAUUGAGAAGGCGCCGCGCCGAGCGGCUGGCGGAUAUGUACGCGCGAACGCAACGAUCGAGGUUACAAGCGAUAUCGUUAGCAAUCCUGCUAGCGAUCAUCGACCGGACACAGGGCUUCACACUCCGCUACGAGUACGUGAGACCUCACGACCUGACUGCAGAAGAAAGCAGAGUUUCAGAAGACAGACACGAGUUGAAAAGAGACAUCGUGGAAAAUGCAGAGUUCCAGGUUGCUCCUAUAGGCGUCGCGUUGCCACUGACGAUGACUACAGAAAGCAUAGCGGAGACCGCAUUGAAUAACGAAAUUGUGACGGUUAAUAACGUUAAACCCGAAACAAACCAGAUAGAAACAACUACAAACACAAAUGAACAAGGUGAAAGUAAAGAAGACAAUACCAGCACAACAGCUGAUAAUGAAGUAAAAAGAAACUUCAUCUCAAUGAUGGUCUCCUCGGAGCUUGAGCGUAAAGAUACUACACCUUUACCUCAAGUAGAGACAACUACGGUUAUAACUGAAACUUUUACUACUGAAGCCUCAGCUAACAAAGAAAAUAACGAAUCUAAAAACAUUGACGACAUGUCUUCUACAGUUAAUACUACUACGCCCGAUGUUACUGUAUCAGAACCACCGAAUACCGCGGCUACUACAACUGAAUCAAAUAUAAUUGAAACGACAGCUACAUGGAAAAAGUAUACUAAAAUUGAAAGGAAACAUGUCAGUGUUAAGGAAAACGUCGUACCAUUACGAACAGAGCGCAUAGGUGAUUCGAUUAACGCACAUACGACUGAAACUCGAGUUAGCCUCGAGAAGGCAUUUAAUUUGGCACCAGACAUACUAUCCUUGCAAGAGUUGAAAACUCAUCUUUUAGAUGCAACAAAUUCCGUACCAACUGAAGUUAAUCCGACAGAGAUAGUAUCAAAACGAGCAGGAUAUUUGGAUCAUACAAAGCCAGAAUUAGACCCUGUGAUUUCAACUACUGUCAAUGCAUCGAAAGCAGGUUAUGAAGUCGAAAUGGACGGUGUCGUGUACGAAAUGGACACGCAUGAAGAAAACGAUUAUACACUAAAUAAGACGUCUCACAGUCAAAUGGCAGAAGACGCGUUGAAAGAAGUACUUUUAGAAGAGGCCCGUUUAGAUGACAAGAAACUUUUCACCACCACUCCGAAAAGCGAUAGGUCUUAUGUUGAACUAAAUGAAAUCACUCCUUCUCCACAAAGUAAACAAGAUGACCAGCAACAAACUGAUGAUCCCCUGACAGUUCGACCGAUAAAUAACGAUAAAAAGAGUAUUCUGUAUACAGUUAGCCCCAACUAUAAGCCGCUUAAGAAGAUAGAAGUUCAGCCUUCGAAACCUUUUGUGCGUGACCCUGAUGACAAUAGCUGGAGAAACGAAAGCCUCAGUUCACUAGGAAUAGUGUUCAAAGGAAAGAACUCAACCAAGGCCUUUACAGAAGUAAUAAAGAAUAAAACUGAAAUUGUCAUGAAUAACAACACUACGGAACCAGAGAAAGUAUUAACGAAAGUCGAUUUGAGAGACCGACUUGAGAAAAUUGCAGAGAAAAGGAAGAGGAAGAAGAAGAUUGACAAAUACGGGAAUACAGAGUACGGUGAUUAUGAGGAAAAUACCUCUAGCGAUACACAUUCGAAGGAAAAAUCUGAAAUUUCUUUGACAACUUUACCGACGCCUCCGGAAUUAGUUAAUCCAGGUAUCUUAUUUGGGACCAAAAUAGAAGAAUUGCCCGAAAAAUACGCUUCUAAAAAGCCCAAGUUUACGCUUGAUUAUUACGAUGGAAAAGAUGAUGACGCAGACUACGCAACGUACCCAAAUAUUGAUAUCUUAAAGUCUACACCGCGACCUAGAGUCCAAUGGCCAGUGACACAAAGGAUCUUAGACAAUACUCAUCAUGUCAGAACAUACUUGCCCGAUAGGCAGCCUACCGUACAAUACUUCCCACCGAGAUCUAAAACACAGAAUGACAAUAAUUUUCCAACUUUUGGACACACCGCACAACCACAAAAUGAGCCAUUUGAAACGUACACUAAAAAUACCCCUUCGAAAUAUGUCACAUCUGAUAAAAUUCAACACGUCGAAUACAGACCGGUUGGCGCUAAUGAUGGCUUCAUGAUUCGACAUUACAAGGACCUUCUAGAAUCCGUAGCCAAGGAUAUAGAUUACGAUAAAAAUAGUCCGUAUCAGACACCAAUGUCCGACGAAGGUAAAUCAGUGAAAUCGGAGGAAUAUGACUACGGCCAGCGGAAGGAAGGAAUCAAUAAAUACGUGGAUUACUUCAAUCAGAAUCACGAACGAUUCAAGGCCGACUUUCCGGUGGUAUUUAAUACUAGCAUAGUACAUGGUGCGGAAAGAGGAAAGGUGCUCGCUUCUUCCAGUGCUAUGUUUAAACGAUUAUACAAUGGAGUUCAGGCAAAGGAAGCGUUCGCUUUUAGUAACAAGCCUUUUGAUCCGAACUGCGAAAAUGUUACUGUAGAAUUGUCUCCUGCGUACGAGUUACAUUACUACGUUCCUGAUCAGGAAGAGACGGGGACGGACCACACUUUGCCAUACGGCUAUAGAAACUAGUUUUUUUUCUGAUAAAUGUUAAUUUAGUCAGGUUUGGUUACUCUGGAAGUCUGAAUAUUUUAAAAUGUUUGAUGAUUGGUUGCAAACAGAAAGAGGUAAAUUAUAUGUUUAUAUUAAAUUCUAAACUUCUACGCCGUAUAGAUAAUAUCGGUUUCUAUCUACAGACAUAUGAGUGUGCCAGACAAAAUAUUAUUUUUAUAUAGUGUCUAUUAACGUAUUAGCGGAAUCCUGGACAACUUACGCAAAACAAGAACGCCGGCUGAACUCCUUUCAUAUGCGCUGUCUGCGAAGCAUACUUGGCAUCACAUGGAAGGAUCGCGUGACAAAUGAGUCUGUUCUAAGCGAGGCACAGCUCCAUAGUAUCACAGCCAUACUAAAGAAGAGACUACUGAGGUGGCUUGGGCAUGUGUAUCGAAUGGAACGGACUCGUUUGCCACGUCAAAUCCUGCUAGGGGAGGUUGCAGACGCAAAAAGACUGGUCGGGCGGCCAAUGCUGCGCUUCAAAGAUUGCGUCAAGCGUGAUAUGGUUGCUUUUAAUAUCACAUGUAACCAAUGGCAAAAACUGGCCGAAGACCGACCCGUAUGGCGUCGUGCUGUUCACGAUGGUCAAGCCAAACACGACGAUGCCUGGUUUACCUCUUUAAGAGUGAAACGUAUGAGGCGCCACGAGCAGGCCUCCAACCCUCGCCCACCUGGGCAAGCAUACACCUGCCGCGUGUGUGGACGUGGGAUCCUCUCUCGCAUAGGGCUAUACAGCCACGAACGCAAGUGUCGUUACCAGGAUGCUGCUUAAAACAUCUCACACAGAUGAAUAGGCCUAUUAUUAACGUAUUUAUAUCUAUAAUUACACGGCCGCGCAGACGCCGACAAACACACUGAUAGAAAAUUAUUUUGUCUGCCACGGCACGUGUCUGUCACGCUCAACGUCUGUAGAUAAAAACCAACCUUAAAGGGUACCUAAAGACAGCUUAUUCUUAUUUAUUUAAAAAUGUGGAUAAAUUUCUGAUGUCAUUAAAAGUUGUGUAGUAGAUUGUGGAAAUCCAUGAAAAAUAAUUGUGGGGUAAGUCCGGAGAAAAUAAUAAUU